UCCAUGCAACUGCACUGUCUACGUGUUACCUUGUCUCAUUGUUCCUCCAUUGUAUGCGGUUGAUGAAAAACUAGGAUAAACCGUGAGCACGAGGUGGACCACAGAAAUCCGACGCCUGACAGUAACUCACCACUGAACAAGUCUCAAACAGCAUCAAAUGUCAGAGACAGACGCGUAUUAUUGCGACGUUUAUUAUCAUACGUCACAGGGCCUCAGUUAAAUAAAAAAAAAGAGGCAUUUUUAUGUCUAAUUUAGUGCUGGUGUGUAACUAGAACAGACGCAUGUGGAUGUGGCUCGACAGGAGACUCAUCAUCUGAGAAAAUCAUCAGUUGGGAGAGCGAAGAAAUGAGAAAAUGCGAUAAUCAGACGAUCAAUGUACUCCUGGACUACAAGAAGUAUCCGACAUGAAGAUUUUAACGGCGAGAAUAAAAGUCACUAAACUAGUUAUUUUAAAAUCAUGAUUAAAAGAAAAAUAAACAUGUUGAUCAAUACUCCAAUCAUUGAAUAUAAAUUUCAAAUGGUCAUAAAUGCGAGUGUUUUUUAACAAUCGUUAUAAACUAUGUGUGUUCAAACAAAUUAUUCACUUUUAAUGAUUAUCAUUGUGUUCAUUUGAGCAUUACAAUUUUAUUACUGUUCAAAAUGCGGCGGGAGUGCUUGGCCGAUUGAAAACUCGUGUAGUGAAAGAGUAGAAUCGUGUUUUUCAAGUUUAAACUUUAUCCCUGUUGUUGAACAAUUGGAGAAAAAUAUUUAAUUGAAUCCCCAUCAUGACCGACAUUAUAACACAGGAUCUGCACGAAUUACUAAUUUAUUUCUCGAAGAAUACCUACAAGGCCAAAGAUGCUGAUAGCACGGGACAAGCAAUAAUGCAAAAAUGCCUGCUGAUAGCAGAUCUGGAUUACACGCACUCUGUAAUAAACAACGGUGCAGGUGACCUGAGUGCCCACUAUCCAAGCCAUUUGAUAAUUUUGGAAAAUGAGAAACACAAGAAUCCUAAUGAGACCCCACCACCACUGCCACGGACAACCGAGACCAUCUACGAGAGCUCUUAUGAGCCCAACAAAUUGAAAGAUAUGAUAAAAUCAGCGCGUUUUGCCAGGUGUCGUUCAAGAUUUCCACUGCCAGUGAUUCUGUACAAAGGCCGACACAUUUGCAGAUCAGCCACACUGUCAGGGGGUCCCGAAAUCUAUGGCAGAUCAGGGCUAAAUUAUUUGUUCGCUGGUAAUGAGACUGCUGGUGGUGAACAGAGGGAUGAUGAGGCAAGAGGUGGUGAGGGGGUGCUCAGUGAUUGGCAAUUGUUCGAUAAAGUGAGAAAUCAAGAUAUUAAAUUAUUAAAGACACUGAACGUUGGCAACAUCAUUGACUUCAUGGUGGAGAAGAAGAAAGUCAAGUUUGGGAUGAAUGUGACGUCUUCAGAGAAGGUGGACAAGGAGAAGAGAUACUCCGAGUUCACGAUAAUUUCACUGCCCUAUCCGGGAUGUGAAUUUUUCCGCGAAUUUCGUGAGAACGACUACCACGCAAAGGGGCUAGUAUUCGAUUGGUCUCAGACCCAUGUAGACGCAGAUAUCGGAGUACCCGAGGACGUGAUAUCAACGCAACUGAAGAUCAGUUGGGAACAGUAUCAGCAGUGGGACCUAGUCAAACUCACCCAGAAUUACUUGAAAUUAAUCCUGAAGUAUCUGAGUGAGAGCAGCAGUGGAAUGCUCAUCCACUGCAUAUCAGGAUGGGACAGAACUCCAUUAUUCGUCUCUCUCCUGCGUAUAAGUCUGUGGGCAGAUGGUGCAAUUCACACGUCCUUGAAUCCCCACCAGAUGCUCUUCUUCACGAUAGCCUAUGACUGGCUACUCUUCGGCCAUGAUCUCUCAGAUAGAUUGAGUAAAGGCGAGGAGAUCUUCUUCUUCUGCUUCUUCUUUCUCAAACACAUCCUCGAGGAGGAGUACAGUAUCAAUCCAAAGCACCCGAGAACGAGGCACUCAGUCCUCAGGAAUGACAGUGAUUCUCACCUGGAUAAUGUCAUGUUUGACAAUGAAUCUGUGGUGACUCACAGCUCAGUCAGCUCCAAUAUGAGUUGGAAUAGUUGGUGCAGCUCCUUCAGUCAAAAUAGUCGAGAUAGUCAGGACAAUAAUCCACCGAAUGUUUUUCCCUGUUCUUCCAAUGAUGGGCAGGAUGAUUGCCACAGUAAUGGAAAUGUGGUAACCUGGCCUUUCUACAGCUCUCCACAAAAGGAUACCGUUGCCUCCCGCUCUCCUCUACCCCAAAAUCGCACAUCACCAGUUGCAGUACCUGUUUCAACGCGUUUUCGUCAACGAAACGAAUCAACGUCUUCCGCUGGCUCUUGGCAGAUGAUUUCGGGGACUGGGAGCCUUCGCGGCUCAACUACCUCGAAUAUUAUGCUGACAGAGCACUUGUCUGCUUGUGGAGUCACUUGCAACAAGCCACACUGCACUUUUUGCCUGGGCCAAACCUCCCAGGACUCAACUACAACGAUAGUUGAGGACGAAUCUGCUGUCUCUCUGGCACAAACCCGAAAAGAGAAACUUUAUGCAUUACGACACCUAUUCUACAACGCUUACAACACCGUUGGCUUCAGAAUGAAGGAGAACUCCGAGUCAAGUGGUCUGGGUCAAUUACUCGGUAAUUUUGCUGAAAAAGUGGGCCUGUCCGUACAACGCACAUCAUUGUGACCAUAAAUCAUCGAUAAAUACCA